AUGACUAUCGAGUUAGAGGAACCAAUACUUACACAAGAAAACGCUCAGGUUUAUAAGGAUUUGCUUGGUGGUACCGUUGGUGGUAUUGCUCAAGUUUUGGUGGGGCAACCAUUUGAUACUGUUAAAGUUAGAUUACAAUCUGCUCCAGAGGGUACGUAUACGGGAGCAUUAGAUGUUGUGAAGAGGUUGAUUGCUAAUGAAGGUCCUAUGGGUUUCUAUAAAGGAACUUUGACACCAUUAGUCGGGGUUGGAGCUUGUGUCUCAGUGCAAUUUUCAGUGAACGAAUUCAUGAAGAGAUACUAUGAUAGAAAGUUGGAUGGACAGGCUUUGACUUUAGGUCAAUAUUUCAACUGUGGUGCCGUUGCAGGUUUUGCCAAUGGUUUCUUGGCAUCUCCUAUUGAGCAUAUCCGUAUUAGAUUGCAAACCCAAACGGGAUCUGAUAAAUCAUUCAGCGGGCCUAUAGGAUGCGCUAAAAAGAUUUACCAAACUGGUGGUUUAAUGCAAGGUAUAUUCAAAGGUAUAGGACCAACUUUGUUCAGAGAAUCUGUUGGCUUAGGUAUCUAUUUUGCCACGUAUGAAGCCCUUAUAAGCAAAGAGUUAGAAAAGAAGAAAGAUAUUGUUCGUACUGACAUCCCAGGAUGGAAAUUAUGUGCUUAUGGUGGUUUGUCUGGCUAUGCAUUAUGGGGUGGUAUCUACCCAGUUGAUAUUAUCAAAUCAAAGUUGCAAACUGACUCUUUGAGCAAGCCAGUUUACAAGGGAUCCUUAAGUGUCGUCAGAGAUAUCUGGAUUAAAACCGGUAUCAGAGGUUUCUACAAGGGUUUCAUUCCAACAAUCUUGAGAGCUGCCCCAGCUAAUGGUGCCACAUUUGCUGCCUUUGAAACAACAAUGAGAAUGAUCAAUUAA